AUGCCGACUACUUGGGCGCCGGUCCCGCCGUACUCGGCAACCUCGCCGCCCGCAACACGACGCCGUGGGGUCAACAAAGCUGGAGUGAGGCCGGGAGCGCAGCUCCUGCCCAGGAUCCCGCUCGCCGCCGGCGGCCGGAGCACAGGGGGAUCCGAGGGGAGGCAGCCACGAUGGGGCAGGGGCUGCCGCUCCCAGCCGCGUGUCGGGGGCCCAGCAUCCGACAAAAGCAGCCGGGCAGGGCUGCGAAACCUUCGGCCCCGGGCACGGCCGGCAACAGAGCUCCGUGCUGGGGCACGGGCCCCCCCCGGAGUGGGCUCCCGGCGGGGUCCCCCGGCCGCACAGGUGGCUCCGGGGCGGGGGGCAGCGCCCUCCGCACCGCCCGCCCCGGCCCGGCCCCCCCCGCCUCCUCCCACGCUCCGGCCGCCCCUCACAGACCGCCCCCACCCGUGCCCAUCGCCCCCGGCCGGCACAACUUCCCCCGGCCCCGCCAGCGCCGCUCGCUCAGCCCCGCCGCCCUCCGAGCCGGACCGGGCUGGGCCGCCACCACCGCGCUGCCCUCCUCGUCCUCCACCUCACCUGCCGCAAGGAGCCCCCGCCGAGCGGGCAGGGCACGGGUCCCGGAGGGACAGCGGACGGGCGUCCCCCGGCGCCGCGAGCAGCGCUCAGGCCGGUCGCGGCCCGCCGGCUCCGGGGCGCUGCGCGUCCGUCCGGCCGCUGGGGGAGCCGCCGCCGCCGCGCCGCCCGGCCGCCAUCUUCCGCGGGGAGGGAGGGACGGAGCGAGGGAGGGGCGCGGGGCCCCGCCCGCCGGGGAGGGCUCGGGCCGGGGUCCCGCAGCCCGGCCGCGCCCCGCGCUCAAACACGGGCCGGGCGCUGCCCCGCGGCCGCGGGGACCGGCGCUGCCCGGCACGGUCGCGGCCGCCGCGCUCCCGGCAGCGCGGAGGGCGUGGGAUGCCCAGGAAAGCAGUAGGUAGGGAUUGA